UAGCCCACUGCUGGUGGUCACGGCAAGUGCCAGUAUCAAUUUUGUUCGGUUCAUAAAAGCAUCGCAGUAGCAACGGUUUUAUAGUAUGACGCAGAUCAGUGGUCGCUGAGAGCAAAAUUCAAAUAAAGUUUUACUAUAAACGCGCGUAGAUGAGUAAGCCGCAGUAGUAAAUUCAAAGAAAAGAAAAAAAAAACAAAAAUCGCGCGCUGAAAAAUCAAUAAUAUUAUAAAUAAAUAAAUAAAAGCAAAUAAAUUCAAAACAAAAAAAAAAAAAAUACAAAAUAAGAGUUAGUGAUCUGAAGAGAUAGUAAAUUGUGAGAAAUAAAGUUUAAAAACAAAUAAAAAAUAAAUUAAAUUAAAAACAAAUAUUUUUAUUGCGCCAAUGUGACGUAUGAAACUCAAAGUGAAACUUUUAUUGAAACUUAUAAACGCAAGCAUACUUUAAACGCGAAAAAGAAAAUGCACUUAAAUAAAUAUUGGUGAAAAUCAUCAAAAUUUCGCGCUAAAACGUGUUUGGAUAAAAAAAAGUCUAUUUAAAUGACAAAAGCAGAAUUUGUGUUGCCAGACGGUUUUGGUCCAAAGUUUACAAAACGCUACAACUUCGAAGCAAACGCAAUUCAAAGUGAAACAAAAAACCGUUAGAAAACGCAUGUGAAAACACACGCUGAAUGCGCGCAACCCAGUGAAGUACAACAAUUUCUUAACUUAUUUGGUUCUAAAAAUCCGCAAAGCUGAAGAUAAAAACUACGCCCAGUAAUCCCUCCGCCGCCGCCGCAGCCGCCCUCGCUUCGAAUAAUAUUGCGCCAUUACAACCACAUACGGGAAGAGUUCAUAACGGUGCAGAUAGCUACCACCUACCGACGCAGACGCAGCCACCGUCGCUGGCUGUACCCAACAACACCAACGUGGCUGCCGUUGGUUGUCUUCGGUCCAUUUCUUCCGCCACCGUUUAUCCGAACGCCGCCAAAAUUGCUCCUUACCAAAGACGCAUGCAUUUGCCGAGCGCAUCGGCUGCGGUCUACAGCGGCGGCUCAACGUCUGGCGGACUCGUCGGCCUCGGCAGUGGCGGUGGCGCUGGCGGCGGCGUUGCAGGUGUCGGUAUUGGCAUUGGUGUUGGUAUCGACGAUGCCGUCGGCCAUAAUGUUUGCAGUCUGAUUGGCAAUGGCGCCGCCGCUAUGGCCACAUCGUGUACCUCGCCAAUGCGUUGGUGUGAAGGCGCCUCAGUGCCGCAACCGUUACCACCCAGUAAUGCGAGCAUUGGCAGUAGUUCACCCAUUGGUGGCGCCAGCAAUGGCACGGUGCAUAGUAGUAAUAGUAAUACGAAUAGUAGCAGUAAUAAUAAUAAUAAUGCUAACAACAAUAACAACCACAGUAGUGGUGGCAACAAUGCCGGCUGUCAGGAUCUGUGGUGGACGGAGCGCAUGGUGGAGAUGGCACACGAGAAGUUUCCCAACGAAUUAGUACGCACCAGCAAUCCAUAUUUCUUAUGCUCCAAGCUGCCACCACACUGGCGUGCCAACAAAACGCUGCCCAACUCCUUCAAAGUGGUAGCACUCGUGGAGGUCGGCGACGGCACGACGGUGACGAUACGGGCCGGCAACGAUGAGAACUGCAGUGCGGAGCUGAAGAACUGCCAGGCGACGAUGAAGGAGCAUGUGGCCAAGUUUAAUGAUCUGCGCUUUGUGGGACGCAGCGGCCGAGGCAAAAGCUUUACGCUUACCAUCACCGUACAUACGAGUCCAAUACAGGUGGCCACCUAUGCCAAAGCUAUUAAAGUCACCGUUGAUGGUCCGCGUGAACCGCGCUCCAAGACAAGUAAGUUCGAUGUUGCUGGCCGUGGCGGGCGUUUGGUGGCGAGUAGAAAGGCACAAAUGACACGUAGAUAUUCUUCUUUCUCUAUCACUACUGCUACUACUACUACUACCACUACCAAAACUACUACUACUACUACUACACAUAGUUCCAAAAACGCUUUAAACAAGUUGCAAGUACUGGACUCACAAUCAUCGGCCGUAAAAUACCCACGAACAACCGCAACGCCCGAGCAGAGUGAUUGUGAUGAUCCCUUAAUGAAUAAUGGUCCCACCGGCGGUCUUCCAUUUCGCCCAGUAGGCAUCUUCGAUUCACCCUACCCGACGCCUUUGCGUGACUUCGAACCGCGUCGCCCCAUGCGCCAACCGCCGGCUGUGUCUUCCAGUACCAAUGCGCUGCAGCAAAUAGCCAAUCACUCAUCGCCCAAUAGCAGCCGGACAAUAAAUAACGAAAUAUAUAAACCAAAUGCGGCAGAGAUAUCAGAAGCCAAUGCACUGAUGGGCGCCGCAGAUUGGACAACCGGUUAUCCGUCGUACAAUACAAGUGCCUAUACGCCCUAUCGAACCCACAACCCCUACCAAUAUCCGCAUCACACACCGACCGCUGCCGCGCCCACCAAUCUGCCGCACUGUGGCUACGAUCCCAGCGUACCGACGACAUUAACCACCGAUCAUAGUCUUGCGGUACCCGGCAUGCUAACGGACAUGUCCUCUUUAUGUGAUUAUCCACAUAGCGGCAUGGCAGCACCCACUGGCACCUACAUGCCGCAUGCGCAAGCACCCAUUUGCAGUCCCAACCACUACGACGCCGGCAAAGGGGAGCUGGAAACUCUCAACAACACCUACCCCACAUACAAUAAUUUUGCCAACGGCUACAACAAUUACAAUUAUAGCAGUUGUGCCGCUCAAGGUGGCGGUUACCCGGGGCAAGCAGCACCCACCAUGGUGCUAUGUCCGAAAUUCUACUCACACACCGUCAAUCAGAAUGAGAUUCAUGUGCAUGUGCACGACAACUCGUUGAUCAGCUCGCUUACAGGCUACCGAUCGAGCAUAGAGAUCGGCAUUGGUACAUCGGAUCACGAAGCUUUGAGUGCACAAGGAUCGGCGCAGGCAUUACAUGACGCCCAAAUGGGUGGUGGCAGUGGCGGCGGUGACGGCGGUGUGGUCACAGCGACGGACGUUAACAGCGCAGCGGCGAUCACGAGCAGCGAACACAACCUGCAACAGCAGCAACAUCAUGACGCACAGUCGCAGGUGCAGCAGCAGCAACAACAAACACACUUGGAUGUGCCACAGGGUGAUGCGUCCGUAACGGGUGAGCCACACAGCGGCGCUCGCAACGUGGAUGUGGGCGAUUUGGGCAACGUCUGGCGUCCGUAUUGACCGGGCGGUGGUGGUGCAACCACGAAGUCUUACGUACUUGCACAUUGAACUGACUUGAAAACUGAAAUUUGGAAACAAAAACCCAAGGAUACAAUAUUUUUUUUAAUUGUAGAUAAGCGUA